GAAUCUUGCAACAAACUCAAUCAAAGUUCAAAACGGUGGAUCACGAGCUCUGCCGACGAGUUGAAUAUCCAGACAAACAGACGAUCAAAUCAAACCGAUCAGUGACAAAUUUUCUAACCAAAUCAUCCAACACAUGCAAAUUAACAACCAAUUCAACUUCCACCAUCGAAAUGCCUUCAAAGUUAACACACACACAGAGAUAUGCGGCUGCAGCUUUAUUCGGGUUGGCCCUAAACCAGGCCCAGAUUCACCAAACCCUUCUGUUGGGCUCCUCCUACAAUGAACCCACAGAAGAUCGUGUUAGCAGUUCAAGCAGUAGCGAUUCAGUUUCUGAAGAUCCUCUGCUUUGGGUUAACGAGUCAUCGGGUCUGCUCCGACCCAUUUUCAGGUUCCUCGACAUCAAAGAUUCAUCCUGGUCUGGGCUAGAGGAAACUGCCGGUUCUUCUUCAACAAGUAGUCAUAUUGGAGCGUUUUUAAGAUUGCUAGCUGAAGAAAGUGACGACGAAUCUGUAGAAGCAUUGGACCAUGAACUUGCUUUGUCCAACGCUGUCAAUGCCAUGGUGGCAAGCAUAGAAACAACUCCCGAAGAUUAUAUAGUAAAAAAAGAGAAGCAACGUGCAUACGCUGAUGAGUUGCAGGAAAAGCUUACCACUAAUGAACCCACUAAUGAAUCCACGCCUGAACUGGAAAAUCAGUUGAAAAAUCUAAAAAGUGAGGACGUUAAAAACGAGCGGGAGAAAGAUUGCGAAAAGGAGAACCUAAAAAACGAGGACGUUAAAAACAAGCAGGAGAAAAAUCUAAAAAGUGAGGACGUUAAAACCGAGCAGGAGAAAGAUUGCAAAAAAGAGAACCUAAAAAACGAGGACGUUAAAAACAAGCAGGAGAGAAAUCUAAAAAGCGAGGACGUUAAAAACGAGCAGGAGAAAGAUUGCAUAAAGGAGAACGUUGAGAACGAGCAGGAGGAAAGUUGCAAAAAGGAAAACAUAAAAAACGAGCAUGAGAAAGAGCGCAAGCCGCCACCUGGCACUAAAGAACCGCGUAUUGCAUCCAACAGUGACAUUGAAGAAAAACUCGUUGAAGAGAGGGGGAUGCUCAGUUAUGGAAGAAAAGUGACAGUUUUAUACGAGCUUCUUUCCGCUUGUUUGGCAGAUAUACCUGAAGACAAUAAAACUAAAACCAAGAGACGAGGUAAAGGUUAUGAUGCUAGACACCGUUCUGCUUUGCGGUUGCUGACAACAUGGUUUGACAUCAAAUGGAUAAAAAUGGAAGCAAUUGAGAUAAUUGUUGCUUGCUCUGCAAUGGCUGUACUGAAAGAAGAAGAGGCAAAAGAAGAGGAACAAGCACCGAAAAGCAUGUGGAGUAAGUGGAAACGUGGAGGUAUUAUUGGAGCUGCUGCUUUAACUGGCGGAACCCUAAUGGCAAUUACUGGCGGUUUAGCUGCUCCAGCAAUUGCUGCAGGGUUUAGUGCUUUAGCACCUACAUUGGGCACCAUUAUACCAGUAAUCGGAGCCAGCGGGUUUGCUGCUGUUGCAACCGCUGCUGGAAGUGUUGCGGGAUCUGUUGCAGUGGCUGCCUCUUUUGGAGCUGCUGGAGCGGGACUUACUGGGACCAAAAUGGCUAGAAGGACAGGAAGCGUUGAUGAAUUUGAGUUCAAAGCCAUAGGGGGAAACCAUAACCAAGGCAGACUUGCGGUUGAGAUAUUGGUCUCGGGAUUUGUCUUCGAGGAGCAAGAUUUUUUUAGACCUUGGGAAGGUCAAACCGAUAACAUGGAAAGAUAUGUGCUACAAUGGGAAUCAAAGCAUUUGAUUGCUGUAAGCACCGCAAUUCAGGAUUGGCUUUCAUCAACACUUGCAAUGGAAUUAAUGAGACGAGGUGCAAUGAUGACUGUACUAAGCUCUUUUGUAGCAGCUUUCGCCUGGCCUGCAACUCUUCUUUAUUUAACCGAUCUUAUUGACAGCAAAUGGACAAUUGCUGUGAACAGAUCUGACAAGGCUGGAAAGCUGCUUGCUGAAGUGUUUAUCAAGGGGUUACAAGGCAACAGGCCUGUGAUACUAGUGGGUUUCUCACUUGGAGCACGGGCAAUCUUCAAGUGUCUCCAAUAUCUUGCUGAAGCUGGAUACGAUGGAAUUGUAGAAAGAGUGGUUCUACUUGGGACGCCUGUUGCCAUACAAGGUGAAAAUUGGGGAGCUGUUAGGAAGGUAGUUUCUGGCAGAUUUAUAAAUGCUUACUCCACAAAUGAUUGGAUGCUGGGAGUAGCCUUCCGUGCCAGUCUCCUUAGCCAAGGAUUAGCUGGGAUUCAGUCGGUGAAUGUUCCUGGAAUCGAGAAUGUUGAAGUCACAGAACUGAUUGAUGGGCACUCGUCUUACUUAUGGGCUACACAGGAGAUACUAGAUCGGCUGGAACUAGAAUCGUACUUUCCGGUUUUCAAUAAAAAUUAAGAUUGUUGGUGCUAGUCGAGGAUGGUGGAAAGGUACAUGUCUUCUGAUUCAUGAGGUUGGUGUAUAGUUGAGGAUGUCUCUCUUCAUAGUACUUCUGUACAGUUUUGAGGUUAUCUUGGUAUAAAAAAUACAUUUAAUAUAUUGUUCUCUUUUGUAAGGUUUUCAUGUUCCUUGAACAGGGUUCAUAUUCAGGUCUAAAAACUUGGAUGGACAUAUAAUACGAGUAACUUUCGUUAGCCUUGA